AUGACAAUCGAAGGAGAAUUCAUAGGAUGGCAAGUGGAGCAAACUACUGGUAAUAUAAUAGAUGCUCUGGAUGUUACGUGUCAUGCAGUAUCUGUGUCGAAUAUUGUUGGUAUCGUUGGUCCACGUUUAUCAAGAGAAGCUCAUGUAAUUGCUCUUUUUGGUGAAAAAAUUGGCAUACCUGUUAUAUCAUAUUCUGCAACUGAUCCUGAUUUAUCUAAUCGAAAUACUUAUCCUAAUUUUUAUCGUACAGUUUCUUCGGACGAUACAGCUGCAUCAGCCCUUGCAAAACUAUUUAUUCGAUUUAAUUGGACAUCAUGUUCAAUAAUUUAUCAAAAUGAUACAUUUGGACUUGGUGGAAUUCAAGCUAUUAGUGAAGCUUUUAAUAAAAGUGGCUUAAUAGUCAACCAAAUGGUUGUAUUUGAUAUUUCUAUACUUAAUAUUCGUGGUGAUUUGAAAAGUCUUUUAACUAAUGCUGCAACACGAAUUGUUGUGUUAUGGGCUGAACCAAUUUAUAGAUUUUUGAUUUUGCAAAAGGCUCUUGACUCUAAUGUAGUUGAUCCAUAUUUUACAUGGAUACUAAGCGGCAGUGUUCCAUUAAAUUCUUUAAAUGAAACAUUUUAUCAAAACUUAAUUGGAAUGUUUCUGAUUGAACCAGCUGUAGAAUCAGUUGUCAAUGCACCAAUUAAUGCAACAUUAUUAAAUGCAGCAUAUAGUAUUUGGCAACAAUAUGAGCCUGAAUCAUUUCCUGGAUCCAUGAAUGUAGAUAAUUAUGCAUUAUUUGUAUUUGAUGCAACAUGGACAUUAAUUCAAUCAUUACAACAAGUGUGUGCAUCAAAAAUAAAUAUUUCUUCUUUAUGUUUGUCAUUUAUUGGAUCUUCAUACUGUUUUUAUUGUCGUUUUAUUCAUUCUAAGUUAUUAUUAGAUGCAGUUAGUAGAACAGAAUUUCUUGGUGUAUCUGGUCCUAUACAAUUUAGUGUUAAUGUAACAGAUCGAAUAACAGGUUUGUAUUAUUCUGCAAAAAAUGCUCAAUCUUCUUCGAAUGGUUUAAGUUUUGUUUCCGUAUUAGAAUAUUCUCAUCCUGGCGAUUGGAGAAUACCUACAAAAGAAAAUGUUAUAAUAUGCCCUGGUAAUUCAUUAACACAACCUAUUGGUGGAGCACUUCUCAAAGGUGUAAAUUUACGAAUAGAUGUUAUUGGAUCAGUUCCAUUUACAAUUGUUGAAAAAGUCAUAGAUGUAUCUGGACAAAGUACAAUAGAGUAUAGCGGCUAUGUGCAUGAUCCUAUUGAACUUUUACAAAAUAAAAUGGAAUUUAUUCCGACUAUUGAAUUAGCACCAUCAAAUCAAACCUAUAAUGGAUUAGUUCGAGCAGUACGUAACGAGAGAGAAGAUAAUGAAGCAUUACAAAAUCAAUCAAUAUUGCCUCAAGUUAUACUGCAUGUGUGGUAUUCUUUUGGUAAUAUUGUUGGAUAUGGUGUAGAAUUUCAUACAAAUACAGCGGCUAGACGUUUAUUAACUGCUGGUUUAUAUAUCUUAAGUUUGAUAUUAGUAGCAUCAUAUACUGCAAAUUUAGCAUCUGAACUGACAAUAGCGAAAUCAAAAGCUAUUAUUUCUGGAAUUGACGAUAUCAAAAAUGGAAAAAUACCAUUUAAUCGUAUCGGUAUUCUUGUAGAUUCAGCUCCUGAAGAAUAUUAUUUGAGAGAAAUAUCUAAUGGUGCUCGAAAUUAUUACCCAUUACAAUCUCUCAAUGAUUUAUAUCUUAGUCUACUUAUAAAUAUGAUUGAUGCAGCUUUUUGGGAUAGUGGUACUAUUGAAUAUGUCACGAAUAAUAUAUAUUGUAAUUUAACUAUAAUUGGAAAUGAUUUUGAUAAAAGUGUAUUUGGUAUUGUUACUCCUCAGAAAUGGUUAUAUUUGGUAUUGUUACUCCUCAGAAAUGGUUAUAUGCACAAGAUUUAG